UAAAUAAGCCAUUUAGUCCAAUAUUAAAACAAAUUCCAAAGUGAAAAUCCCGCGGCGUUAUUUAAUGAAAUAGUGAAAUACAGAGUUAAAGAAGAUUAAGUUUCUCAUAUUAAAGGCAAGGCAGUGAAGAUCCUCGCAAAAUUUAUCGCAACUGUGUAGGAUGAGGAGGCACAGCGCAAGUUUCAGUCCCCCAAGGAGAGGAUAUGGGGGAAGAGGAAGAAGCCCGCCUAGAGGAAGGUAUGGUGGGUAUGGUGGACGAAGGGAGCCCAAUACAAGUCUUCUGGUUCGCAAUAUCCCUCGUGAUUGCAGGCCAGAUGAACUUCGCAUCCCUUUCGAGCGCUUUGGGCCUUUAAAGGAUGUAUAUCUGCCAAAGGAUUACUACACUGGGGAGCCUCGUGGUUUUGCUUUUGUGCAGUUUAUGGAUCCUUUGGAUGCUGCAGAAGCCCAAUACCAUAUGGAUGGUCAGUAUAUUGGUGGACGUGAGAUCACUGUUGUUCUUGCUGAAGAAAAUAGGAAAAAGCCUGAUGAAAUGAGAGUAAGAAGCAGAGCUAGACCUCCACGAGGCUAUGGACGACAUCGAUCGCCUUACUACGCUCGCUCUCGAUCACGGUCGCGCUCACGGUCUCCUGGUUAUCGUUCUACAUCUUUCCGAGGUGGACACCAUUCUAGAUCCUACUCUCCAGUGCCAAGGAGAGGGCAUGAGAAUUCUGUUUCACCUCGGGAGAAUCACCACAGGUCCCGGAGUAUCUCUCAUGAUAGAGACCAGAGUCAUUCUCCUAUUCGUAGGUCUUAUUCUUCACAUCGCUCUCGAGAUGGAAAAAGGGGAUCUGCUGGCAAUGGGCAUCGUGAUUCUGUAUCUCGAUCUCAGUCACCGGAAAGAGCUUCUCAAUCUCCGGUGGCACCUAGAAGACGUCGACAUUCUAAUUCUCCUCGUUCAAACUCAAGAUCACUUUCUGGUUCCCGCUCAAGGUCUGCUGAUUUAUCACCAAGAGAUUGAAGACUAAAUAGGCAGCAUGUAGACAUUGUAAAUUCCUAUGAAAUUCUGUUGCUUGUUCAGUUAGACACAUCUGUAACAGAAAUCAUAAUCACCCGAUGGGUUGAUUGUGGAGACUUAAUAUGUUUGCCAUUUGAAAGCUGGCCUUUGGUAGAUUCGAUAUUAUGAAGAUACUAUCAAGUUUUUUUUUCA